GUCAGUUUUGUGACAGUCGGAAAAUACAGUACGAAGUGGUAAUGUAAUCUGGGUGGAUUUUCGGGUUAUUCUUCAUUCACUCGUUUUGUCAUUUUACGAACAAUGUUUCGGGUUGAAUGUGCAUUCUUACUUCUUGUAAUGACUACGUAUACCGCACACAGUUCACCCAGCGAAGACUCUCCAAACGUAACAGGUCAGGCUUCUAACAAGCGACUAUUUCCCCGUUCAGUUGUUAGCUUUGACCAGUCAGUGGACGAAUCUUUCGACGAGGCUCAACCGAUGGAAAAGACUGAGAACAAACCAAUCACAUACGCAUUUAUUGAAAACAUCGUAAAACGAACAUUUGCCGAGUACAUGCGCGUAAUACAAACCCAGUCUGAUUGGUUACAGCAUCUGCUACAACUCGUCCGCGAAGAACGUAAUAUUCGGUCGCGAUACAAUUGCUCGACCGAUGCUUGCAUUUAUAAAAUCCAACUCUUCACACAUCAUCUACACCCACAUAUAUUUCCCCAUAUCCGACCUUCCCACAAGAAGCGUGCUCGGCGCUCUGUUCAGGACUCUGAGCCAAUUCUUGAUUCAGGCAGGAUGGAUGGGGAAACGGAAUCAUCGAAUCCACUCAGCGAUGGGACCGGGGCGUCACCAGAAGAAUUUACUCACACUGAGAGUAAGGGUGUGCCCACACGUGAUUUAUCAGUGCAGGAUGAUGCACUACGCCUCUCAGACGCUCUGUUAGUAAACACUGCUGACGCUGAUGUUACCAACCUAGAUCAUGCAAGCUCUAAAAAAGACGAAGAAGGUAGUCAUCCACAGUUCUCUAACUUUGGUGACACCAAUAAAUUCAACAUGGAACGCGUCAGUCAAAAAGUGCUUUCAGAAGCUUUGUCCAGAAAAAACAAACCUCCACUGUCUUCGCGUGAAGGUAGUAUGGUGGUGGAAUCUGAAACGCGAGAUGCGCCACAUUCUCCGCAGCUAACUGACUCAAAACAACAGACAACUUCUGGUGUCCAAAGCGAAACUCAUCCCCUUGAACUGUCCCCAUCAGACCCAGUAGCCUCGAUCGACAACUCCAUGGCGACCACAAUUCUUAGCACCUACGAUUCUGUGACAGAAAGGACUAAUGUGGAAACGGUCAGACUACAGGCCACAGCUCCAGUAAAUGAGCAACAUGCAGCACCUUCAGUAUCUCCUCAAAAAGCCCCACACCUAUCGCAGUUCCUGUCGAUCGAUCUGACCGUACCGGCAAUACCAUUUGGGAUGAAUAAAUUCGGUGGAAACCCCUACGAAGACUGCAGUGGGCGUUUUGAAAACUACUGUUACAAUGCGGACAAAUGCGUUUACAUCAGUGUACUGGAGACGGCUGCUUGCUAUUGCCGAACUGGCUACACGGGAGUCCGGUGUGAUAUGUACAACUUACCACAGUCAUUGGAUAUCCUUAAGUCAUUUACGGACGGAGUGAUUGACACGGAUAUGCUGAGCAAUGUGGUGGAAGCAACAGCACGUUACACAGUGAACGCCGCGCUGGAAGAAGAUGUGCUGGCGCAUUGGCCUAUGGAAGACGUGCCGUGAAUGAGCCUCGCUCGUCACAACGUAACCGACGGAUCUCCUGACCGUGUCGAACUUAUAACGAAUAAACUUUUGUAGAUACGCCUAGUAGAUAGGUUUUCCUCAUUUUUACUCUCCACCCACUUGUCUAUCGGGGUUCUUCCUUCACCAGUCUCCGCUUUUUAACCUCUGUCGUUGGUCCGCACACAUUACCAAGUCUAUCUACCCUAAAUAGCUAUUUGGAGAAGUCCGGUAUCACGUGUUACUGCAUUUCGCCGGAAUUUCUAUUUUAUUCUCGUCUUCAUUUUCUCUCCCCGUCUCCCAAAAGGGGGGAACUACGAGUAU